AAUUUCAUUUCUCUUCUUCUUCGCCUUUGCCGCAUGCGAAACAGAGAGUGGAAUCCUAAACCCUAAUCUCAUCAGUUUUCAUCCUUAUUCUCUGAUCUAAACAUCAUCUCAUCUUCCUACCUUCAUCAGUUCAUCAUCUUCUACACUUCUACAUCUUCAACCCGUAACCGAGAAAGUGUUAGAGAUGCCAGAAGAGGAGAACGUGAACGUCGAGAAAGAUACUGAACCUCCUGUUCAACCUCAGACGACAGAAGAAGUUCAUAGUGAUGUAACUGGGCAGAAACGUCCAAGGCCUGCCUCUGGUGGUGAUAAGCCACCCAAACCCCGGAAGAAGUAUGCAAAAAGAGCUCCUAUUUGGGAACAUUUUCUGCAGAGAGAAGAUCCUACUAAGAGCUACUGUAAGUACUGUUUAGCAGAGAUUGGUUGUGAUUCAAAAAAGGUUGGUACUAGUCCAAUGAUUGGUCACAUAAAAGUAUGCAAAUAUUACAAGGAUUGGGUAGAUAAGGAAAAUCAGAAGGUUCUAAGUGGUGAUAACAAAGGGAAUCUGAAGGUGAUUAAGUAUGAUCCGCAUUUGUUUAGGAGAUCAGUUAAUGAGAUGGUAGUAGUCAAUGAGUUGCCAUUCUCAUUUGUAGAAUCUGAGGGUUGGAAGCGGUUCUGUUUCAAUGUCUUGCCUAUGUACAAGACCUUUUGUAGAAAGACAUGCAGUCAAGACAUAGUUGCAAUGUAUUUGGAAGAGAAGGAAGCUUUAAAGACUUUGUUUCGUGUUGAGAAACAAAGGGUGUCGCUGACUACAUACAUAUGGACAUGUCCUAUUACUUCUUUCAACUACAUGGUGAUCACAGGUCACUGGGUUAAUACAGAGUGGGAAUUGCAGAAGAGAAUUCUCAGCUUUAAGGUGAUCACAGAUCAUAAAGGAGAUACCAUAGCAGGUCAGUUGCUGGAUUGUUUAGAAGAAUGGGGAAUUGAGAAGGUUUACACAAUUACAGUUGAUAAUGCAAGGAACAAUGACAAGGCUUUGGAUACUUUUAAGGAAGCGUUUAAGCUGAGAGGAUUAGAAGCUUUAGUUAAGGAUGGUAAAUUCAUACAUAUGCGCUGCUGUGCACACAUCCUCAAUCUGAUUGUUGGAGAUGGUUUGAAGAAAGCAAAGCGAGAAGUAACUGCAGUUAGGAAUGCAGUUAAGUAUGUCAGGUCAAACUUUAGUAGGCUGAAGUCUUUUUCAUUGAGGUGUGAGACAGCAAAAUUGUGUAGAGGCAACUUGCCAUUAGAUGUUGUCACUAGAUGGAACUCAACAUAUCUGAUGUUGAACUCAGCUUUGAAGCUGAGGGUUGCUUUUGAGAAGAUGGAAGCUGAGGAUAAGCUAUAUUGUGCUUAUUUCUUGGAAGAGGAGGAGGAGAAGACCAAGACUAAAAGAAUAGGACCACCAACUUCUUCUGAUUGGGAUAAAGUUUCAAGGUUAGUGAAGUUUCUUAAAGUCUUUUACAAGGGUACUGUCACUUUCUCUGCAUCAAAGACAGUGACUUCCACUUUGUGUUACAAUGAAAUUGUGGACAUUGAGAGGAGUCUCAUCACUAAGUCUCACAGUCCCGAAGAGGAGACCAGAAAGAUGGCUACUGCCAUGAGAGAUAAGUUUGACAAGUAUUGGGACGGAUUAGGUAACAUGAAUCCUCUAGUGAUUGUGGCUAGUGUCUUUGAUCCUCGCAACAAGAUGAGGUUUGCUUCACUCUGCUUUGACCAGCUCUAUGGUAAAGAUACCAUAGAGAAUAGAAAACUCCAUGCAUCCGUUUCAAGUGUCAUGAGUUCAAUGUAUGAGGAUUACAGUUUCAAGCUGAGCAAACCUGUAGAAAAUGAAGAACCAGAUUCUCAGCCACAGCCUGAGAACUUUGUGUUAUCUGAUGAUGAAGAUGAUUGUGAAGGGAUGCUGUCAUUAUUUGAUAAAGUGGUUGGCUUGAAGGGUAAUGAUGAUAGUUGCAAUGAGUUAAAAAUGUAUCUCACAGAACAAACUGAGGCUAGAGUUGAAAAUAAGUUGGGGUUUCCUUAUGAUGUUCUCAGUUGGUGGAGACGCAAUUGCCCAAAGUUCUCAAUCUUGUCAGAAUUUGCUAGAGAUGUUCUUGCUAUUCAAGCCUCCUCUGUAGCUUCAGAGUCUGCAUUUAGUACGAGUGGAAGGGUGUUGGAUCCUUAUAGGAGUUCUUUAACUCCUUACAUGGUUGAGGUUUUAAUAUGCACACAACAAUGGUUAAGGUGUUCCUACAAAAAAGAGGAUGCUGUAACAAACUUGGCCCAAAUGUUAGAAGAAGUUGAUUUUUUUGAGUCACUUGAUGCUCGGAAUUCAACAGUUGCUCUUACAUGAUUCUUCAUAGUAUGGCAGGUAUGAUUCUGGUUCUGUUGUAGUCUAAGUAGUUCAUUGUUAAGUAUUUGAUUCUGUUUUUGAUUUACAAUGUUAUGUCUUUGUUAUGAUUCUAUUAGGUAGGUAGGAAGCUGCGGUUUUUUGUCCUUUUGAUGUAGAAAAGCAGCCUUGGAAUGGACAGUACUGACUUUGAAGCUGCUGUUUUGACAAUUUUUUGGUGCGAAUCAACAUGCUUUUGUGAA